AUGAAGUUCUCUGCCUUAUAUUCAUUGGCGGUUGCCCUUUUAGCAUUCACAGAAACAACUGAUGCUAAAGUUCACAAUGCUAAAAUCCAUAAACGUCCUAUUGAUGAUCAAUUGAAAGAUGCUACAUUUGAAGAGCACGUCCGUCAAAUGGGUCAAAAAUACAUGGGUCUUUACCAAAAAGCUUAUCCAGAAUCUAAUGUUCCAUUUAUUGAUGGUACCCAUGAAACCCCUUUAACUAACUACUUGAAUGCUCAAUAUUAUACUGAAAUUCAAAUUGGUACUCCAGGUCAACCAUUUAAAGUCAUAUUAGAUACUGGUUCUUCCAACUUGUGGGUCCCAAGUACUGAUUGUUCUUCAUUAGCUUGUUACUUACAUUCCAAGUAUGACCAUGAAGCUUCUUCCACUUACAAAGCCAAUGGUUCAGAUUUUGCCAUUAGAUAUGGUUCAGGUUCAUUAGAAGGUUAUGUUUCCCAAGAUACUUUACAAUUGGGUGAUUUAGUUAUUCCAAAACAAGAUUUUGCUGAAGCUACAAGCGAACCAGGUUUAGCUUUUGCUUUUGGUAAAUUUGAUGGUAUCUUAGGUUUAGCUUAUGACACCAUUUCCGUCAACAAAAUUGUUCCACCAGUUUAUAAAGCUCUUAACUCUGGUCUAUUAGAUGAACCAAAAUUCGCCUUCUAUUUGGGUGAUGCUGAUAAAACUGAAGAUGGUGGUGUUGCUACAUUCGGUGGUAUUGAUGAAUCCAAAUACACUGGUAAAAUCACUUGGUUACCAGUUCGUCGUAAAGCCUACUGGGAAGUCAAAUUUAACGGUAUUGGUUUAGGUGAUGAGUUCGCUGAAUUAGAAAACACUGGUGCUGCUAUUGACACUGGUACUUCAUUAAUUGCCUUACCAUCAGGAUUAGCUGAAAUCUUAAACUCUGAAAUUGGUGCUAAGAAAGGUUGGUCAGGCCAAUAUUCCGUUGAUUGUGAAACUAGAGACAGCUUACCAGAUUUAACUUUCAACUUAGAUGGUUACAACUUCACAAUUGGUCCAUAUGAUUACACAUUAGAAGUUUCAGGCUCAUGUAUUUCAGCUUUCACUCCAUUAGAUUUCCCAGCUCCAAUUGGUCCAUUAGCCAUCUUGGGUGAUUCAUUCUUACGUAAAUAUUACUCAAUUUAUGAUAUUGGUAAUGAUGCUGUUGGUUUAGCCAAAGCUGUUCAAGCUUAA